AUGGCGGAUGGAAUUAUGAAGAAGAUGCCCGAGGAUGUGGUAAUAUAUAUACUUUUGAGACUUUCAGUGAAAUCUCUCAUGAGAUUCAAAGGUGUCUCAAAAACUUUUUACACUCUCAUACAAUCCUCCACAUUCGUCAAUCUUUAUCUCUAUCGCACAACAACUUCCAAAGAUGAAUUCAUUCUCUUGAAACGUUGCUUCAGACAAGAAAACUAUAGAUAUAAAACUAUAUUGUCUUUCCUUUCAGGCGAUGAUGAUGAUUAUCUUAACCCUAUUUUUGAAGAUCUAGAUGUGACUCAUUUGACCUCCACUUAUAAUUUUGAUCACGAUCAACUCAUUGGUCCUUGCCAUGGGUUGAUUGCUUUGAUGGAUUACGAAACAACCAUCUUAUUUAAUCCAUCGACAAGAAAUUAUAGAGUUCUCCCACCCAGUCCUUUUGGUUGUCCACAACAUCUCUAUCGUAACGUUCAAUGUGUUGGAUUUGGAUUUGACCCUGUUUUCAAUGACUACAAGGUUAUUAGAAUUUCGGAACUUACAUGGUAGAUCAAGACGAUUAUCCAGAAGGAAUAUAGAGAAAAGUUGAAAUCUAUGAAUUGAGUAUUGAUAACUGGAGAGAAUUAGAUCAUGCAGUGGGUCAACAGUUGACCAAGUUUCGUUGUGUCGAUUGUUCUCAGAUGUUUUACAGGAAAUCUUGUCAUUGGAUUGCAUUUCUAGACAUAGACGAAUACGUAAUUCUUUGUUUCGACAUGAGCACCGAGA